GUCCAUCCCCUUUCCCUUUCCCAUCCUGUGAGAUGAAGCUGCCCUUGUGUGUCACAAAUAUCGGUCAUAAUUUGCUGCAUAAUAAUGUCUUAGUUUAGCGUUCUUCUGUUGUCGAUAAGUUGGUUGUAGCUGCUGAUGCUAACGGAUGACCCGGGUACUCGCCCGCGCUAAACUAGCCAAUGAGUUACGAGCUAGCGUUGCUCAUUCCGCCUUACAAUCACUUCCGUAAAUACCUCAUUUGACUACUCUUAAACCAAGCAUGAUGGUCCAGGAGGGGCCCAUACAGCUGGUGUGCCUCACAGCCAGCAGUGGGGUUCCCCUUUUUACAAGAGGGGCCUCCAGGCAGCUCCCCUUCUCCAUCAUUGGCUCCCUGAAUGGUGUCCACAUGUUUGGAAGUGGACAGGGCGUGGUGUUGUCCAGCUGUGAGACUGAAGGAGGUGGCAAAGUGGUGUGGCGAGUCUUCCAGGAUAGUGUGAUGCUCAUUGCUGUGAGCGGGGGUCACCAAGCGGGCAGCAGUAAAGGAGAGCGUGUGUAUCUCCAGCGCCUCCUUGAGAACGUAUGGAGCUCCAUGGUGAUGGUGCUAGGGCAGGACGAGUUGACCAAUGUGAGGAACGUGGAGCGGCUGAAGAAGGACCUGCGUUCCUGCUUUGGCCUCAUCGAUGUGCUGCUGGAGGACCAGAAAGAGGGCAUCUUGGGCCAGCUGACGCACUGCGCCGACUGCCUGCUGUCUCCGCAGCCGACUCUCCUCCAGGAGGCCCUGCAGGGCUUCGCUAAAGCUGCGGACAGCGAAUUUGGCUGCCUCCUCGUCCAUGGGCGGAUUGCGGCUGCCACAGACAUGUGGUGGCGCCUCGCUCCGCAGGAAAUAGUGCUCCUCUCAGCGUUGAUGCUAUCACUCUCGGACUCUGCUUCGGCCUCCUGUGACUACCCCGUGUUUCUUCCUCAAGGCAGCCCCACUGUGGCGCACCGCCUGCUCUGUUUCCGGCUCCUGCCUGGCGCUGAUGUUUGUGUGCUGUGCGGGCCCACGCCCUCACUACACGGAGCUGAGAGUGGCCUGGUGGGUCGCUUUUGGUCACCUCUCGUGGACACGGUGAGAAACUGCCUUGCCAUUGGGGAACGUUGUCUCCCUGCAUCCUUAUUCUUACGCCCUGAUAUCCUCGCCUUUCUCCUCAUCAACCGGGAGAACCACCGCUCCAUCUCCAGUGUGUUGCCCCCCAUGUGUGCUCAACCGCAAGGUGAUCCUGCUUUACCGCCCAAGGCUCGCUGCUGGGAACUCCUGAAGCUCUUCUACAUUUUUUGCACUACGCGCUACUUCAAGCAGGAGGAGUCAAGUCCACUCACAGAGGAGGAGGAGGAGGGAGCCCACCAGGGGAACACAGGGGACUUUGUACAUGGACUGUCCCACCAGCCACUACAGUGCUAUUUGAUCACAGAUGAGUGUAAAAGCUUUGGACUUCAGACAUCACAGCAUCACCUUUUUCUGCUUCUUCCCCCAGUGGUGCCAACUUUCGCCCUCCCCACCAUCGCCACACAGACUCUCUCCACCAUAACAGCAGCUACUGCAUUCUGACAAGGGCGUUAGAUCUUUGCAUAGCACAGGACUUCAGCCAAAGUCCGCCUUGCUAUUUAUUUUCACGGGUUUAACUUCUCUUUUAUUACAGACAAUGAUUUGUCGAGCAUAACAUGUUUAAAGUUGCCUAAAGAUCACUGAUCUAGUAAUAGCGACUCAGUAUACAUCACACUGGCUACAAUAUUACAUCCACCUGCAUGUAUCUAAUGAAAAUUACUUUUACAGUUUAGAGGUAUUAAUUUAUCUAUAUGUUUAUUACUGUAGCUGUCGCUUUGCAUCACGCUAAGAAACAGUUCCAUAUGACCUGCUUUGCUGUUUGUGUCAAUGAUAAUGUGAAAUGGGAAUGGACAAUGCUGAUUAUUAUUUCAUAUUUGGCCUUUUUAAAGAGAACAUCAAUUCAAAUGUGGCCACUUGGUUUAUGUUCAUUCUGUUUCAUCCUGCCUCAGUUUUGAUCAUUUAUAUUAAUGCUUUAUUAAAGUAUCUUUUUGUUAUUUGUAAUGACAACAUUAAGUGAUUUUGGGAGUCUAUCAGUAAGAAUCACAAAGGUCCCAUAUGAUGUCAGGUUACAAAGGGCAUCUCCUGUGCAAAAUCCCCUAGUUUUCUGUUGGAUUUGGGUGUCCAGACCCGUUUGGUACACGGGAAACAUUUUGUUGCAUUUCUCAGGUUUCGAGUUCCGUCUACGCAUAGGGUUAAGUGCACAUCCUUAAAAAAAUCAUUAAGCUGCGCUGAUGUGGACUGUUAAGGCUGGGUUUUACUUGGUUUGUAGUACAUUAUUUCCUGUCUGUGUACGACUUGUCUGGAGGUGGCCCGAUGCCAUCUCUUCUGAUAUCGGAUCGACAUUUGCAAUAAAAGCAUCUGUUUAAACACAACGAUUAGUGACAGCUGCUAAUACACUUCCAUUCUGUCUUUGAUUACUUUUGUGGGCUUGCUCUAAAGGAAGCUUAAUAGUUGAAUGUUGUGGUUGCUCAAGGAGCCCUGAACCUCCCAGAGCGAGGUGCCAUACAAUCCCUCUCUCUAUAACCCCCAUUAUGUUUUUGAAAAAAUAAAUCACAUGGCGGAAGUGUUAAUAAAUCCCAAAGUUUGACCCACGAAAUUGAAAUUUCUCACACACUCUACAAAAACCCAAUGUUACUUCGAGGUGUUCAGUCGAGUCACCAUUAAAUAAAGUACACUUCUGUUGGGGACUGACCAGCAUGUGUAUAAAAAUAAGGUUGGCUGAAAACCAUGGCUGCCAUCAAGCAAAAACAUCUUAGAGAGGCAACUAAUUGUCCAUAAGUGAAUUAUUUUAAAACUUUGAGGAUAUAUAUAUAUAUUAGAUAUAUGUACAGCAUGUCUUCCAAAGCAUUUUGGACCACAAUCCAUCUGAGUGUCAUUUACAU